CUGUCAAAAAUAGCGACACUGAGAACAGCUCAUCACUAUCUUUCUAUCCAAGCUUGUGUGGUAAAGAUUCGACAAAGUUUGAUUCCAUUGAAGACCGAAUUUUUCACCUGAUUCAUUAACAGGUUAUCAAUUGGACGUAUGAUUUUCUAGGACAGAAUGGCUAUAGUCACCUUGUUUCUGUCUGUCUGUCUCUCUGGAAUUUGUAGCCAGGCGUAUUUUAGCUAUUCAACAGAACCAGGCGGUUUCCCGGGGCAAACGCUAUAGCGUUACAUAUUCAAGGUAACAUUACAAGACGAAGUAUUCAUCAAAUAUUCAAUAAUCAGUGCUUGGCAGUUUUGUUUUUUUCUCACAUGUCAAGUAUUCACAAAUAAUCAUCUAGCUAUCAGGAAUUCACUCUUCCUUAUCUCUUUAUUAAACCUAGCAAACCUCGCGACUGUGUAACAUCAUCAACAACAUUCAGACAUGAUCGAAUCAUCUGGCAUUGCCACAGCAACGGUACACUUCAUACUUGUCAUCGUGGACAUCGUUGGAAAUUGCCUCGUUUGUGCGAUCAUAAAGAAACAUCGAGACAUGAGGACUCCCAUCAACUAUCUACUAGUGAAUCUGUCUGUAGCGGAUAUAUUGUACGCGACCUUGAUUACCCCAAACACUUUCCACGGGCUCACUUCUACCCAGCCAGAUGGGAUGGGCGGUACGGUUUUAUGCAAAUUGAUGACGGGUGGAGGCUUGGCAUGGAUUGCUGGAAUUUCCUCGGUAGUCACGAUGAUUGCAAUUGCUGCUGAACGAUAUUUUGUGGUAAACUGUCCUGCUGGUAACAUUGGCAAACUUACCAAGCGUAAACUAAAGAUGAUCAUUCCCGGUUCGUGGAUCUUUUCGUUGAUAGUCCAUAUACCUCUGUUCCUGGCCUUAAAAGUAAAGGACAAUUCCUGCGUGUGGAUGGUUGAAGAAUGGAUGCCAAAAGCCUAUUCUUUGUACUGGUCAGCCAUUGUAGUUGUAGCCAUGGUAAUAAUGGCUGGGUUGUAUUCCAGAAUCGUGUACACCCUGUGGAUAAAACGUGAUCCUGAGAAUCAGCUCACUUUCCAACAGAGGGUAAGUAUUAAACAAAGAAGUUCAAUACGUGAACAUUUCUCUUUUAGUCAAUCUUAGGAUGUUGGCGGGAAAGAAAAUUCCAAGUAUUUCUUCCUUUCUAGUCUGUGGAUAUCAAGAGGUAAGUGUUAAUGAAAGUUCUCCCCGUACGCCAGUUUUGAUCUUCUUAAUCCUCUAUGGGUGCCCUAAUAGAACUUUUCCGUGUACCAAGGCCUCGCCAGUUAAGAGAGGGGGGGUAGCUAUUACGACAAGAACCGUAACGAUCGUGACAGAGUGUGGUUGGUUACAUUAUGUUCAAGUGUCACACUCUUGUUGCGAGAGUGAGAUCGUGACAGUGUGACUGUGACAUCAUGUCUGACAUUCGCAUUGUGACGAACAACUUAAGGCCCAUCGAUUUGCAAAAUUCAACUCAUUAUAAUAGGCAAAGUUUGGUGUAGAGAUUGUAAUUCUCACCUGUCACUGACGUUGUCAAUAACUUAAUUGUCCCUGCGACAUUUUGAUUGAAACAUUGCCAUUAAGUGGCAGUCCCGCUAAAAGCA